GGACCAUUUUUAUACUUAAUUCAGUACACACCUUCGCCAAAAACGGUUCAUUUAAGCAAACGGUUUGGUAGUCUUUCGGAUACGAUCACUCCAUGAGCUGCGAUCGUUACUACUGUAUUCGCCAAUAUCAAUCCAAUCCAAUAGUCAGUUCAACAUACUAAUCCAUAACCUAAAUAUUUCAAUUGCAGACGUAUCAAUCCAACAAAAAAAAAUAUAAUAUAACAAUAAAAAUUAGAUACUAAAAAACUAUAAUUAGCGAGGCCACUUACCAUCAUCUCUAUUAGUUAAAAAACCCUAAAAAUUCAAACGUAAUCAAAUAGUUGCAAAGCAGAUUACUCUACACACGUUCAUACCUACAUAACUGCAUAGUUGAGUAACAAAAUGAAAGCAUUUCUGGUGAUUGUUUUGGCCUGGAUCGUAUGCGUCGCCGCUCAGGAUGAUAAGAAAGCCAGUGAAAGUAGCAGUGAUAGUGAAAUCAAAAUUUACAAGCGCCUUAUACCGGCCGAUGUGUUGCGAGAUUUCCCUGGCAUGUGCUUUGCCUCUACGCGCUGUGCUACGGUCGAACCAGGCAAAACAUGGGAGCUGACACCAUUUUGCGGACGCUCAACUUGUGUGCAGAACGAUGAAAAGCCCGCCAAAUUGCUCGAAUUAGUCGAGGACUGUGGUCCGCUGCCAUUGGCCAACGAGAAGUGCAAAUUGGACACCGAGAAAACCAACAAGACAGCACCUUUUCCUUACUGUUGCCCGAUUUUCACCUGCGAGCCCGGCGUAAAACUCGAAUACCCCGAAAUUCCAAAUGAAGAACCGAAGAAGGAAUAAAUAAAAAAACUGAUUCAUGCAUUCGUUAACGUUCGGCAAAAAGUGAGGUUGAGGUCCAAAAACGCAUUAAGAAGAUAGAUGAUCAACUACACCAUAGUUCUUUAUCGAUUUACAUGCACAAGUGUGCCUCCACCAUCUUAUUGAAAUAUGAAAUGAAAUCAAUUGUAUUGUAAAUCUCAAA